GGCUGGUGUCUCACUUUGCAUACUUACCCGAUCAUUCAAACUGCCUGAUGCUCAUUUCACAUAUUAGGAACCUUCUUUUAGCCAUCAUCACUAUUUUCACAGACUCACAGAUGCCUUUCUCUCUGGAUCACUACCAUGUCUCUGAGGAGUUUGGCUUCAUCCUCCCUGCACCCAUGGUAGAGUUGCCGCCAUACUAUCAGCCAUGGAUGGACAUUGCCCAGCAUGUUACAGACCUCAUCUACUCUCACAUGCUGCGCUCCCACAUUCUCAAGAUGCCCCUGCUAAACACCCAAUACCUGAAGAGUCACAAAGAGCAGCGCCUGGCCCACUUGGCCUUGAGUGUGAUGACCAUGGGCUACGUGUGGCAAGAGGGGGAGAAUGACACAGUCGAGGUGCUGCCCCAUAACCUGGCCAUUCCAUACUGGGAGGUGUCUCAGUCCCUUGGCCUUCCCCCCAUCCUUACCCAUGCAGAUGCUGUACUGGCUAACUGGAAGAAGAGGGAUCCACAAGGGCCGUUUGACAUGGAGAACUUGGAACUGAUUUUUACCCUUCCUGGUGAGGACAGCGUGAGAGGGUUCUUCCUUGUCACUCUGCUAGUGGAGUUAGCUGCAGUCCCAGUCAUUAAGAGUAUUCCUGUUGUUAUUAACGGGGUUCAGUGCGGUGAUGCUGAGACUGUGACCAGAGCACUAGAAGAACUGAGUCAGGCAAUUCAAGGCAUGACAGAUGCACUGAAACUGAUGCAUGCACAUGUCGAGCCAGAAGUUUUCUAUGGCAUAAUGAGGAUCUAUCUGUCUGGGUGGAAAGAUAACGCAUGCAUGCCAGCUGGGUUGAUGUAUGAGGGCGUCCAGGCAGAGCCUAUGGAAUAUUCUGGUGCCAGUGCCGCACAGAGCAGUCUGCUACACUGCUGUGAUGAGCUUCUUGGAAUCAAACAUGAAGCAAAGAGUGGUGCCUUUCUGAACCGUAUGAGAAACUACAUGCCUCCUGCCCACAAGCGUCUGAUCCAGGACAUCUCUCUGCAGCCCUCCCUACGAGACUUUGUCCAACAACAGGCCAGUGAGCCACUGACAGCAGCCUUCCAGCUCUGUGUGACUAAGCUGCUGGCUUUCCGCAGUUACCACAUUAAUGUGGUCAGCUGCUUUAUCACUGUGCCUGCUGCCCGUGCCCGCAAGCUCCGAAAGCAGGACAUCAGUUGCCAGAAGGAAACUGUCAGCAAGGCGCCCACAGCACUGGAGGAGACGGGCACUGGUGGCUCAGGCAUCAUGAGUUUCUUAAAGACCGUAACCAACAUCAAAAUGUUCCAACCAAACCUCCAUAAUCAGCAAAUACCUGGUGUGCCACAGAAGACUCACUUAAGAGCACUUAAGUGUACAGAUGCCUCAUGACCAAAGCGAAAGAUUGAGAAACUGCCCCUGAACUGUAUUUAUGUCUGUCCUUUCCAGUGGCGGCUUAUGAUCGGAUGAUUAAUAGGGGCAGUGAUGAGGGGUGGCAGGUUUUCUUUUUAUUUCAACAGACUGAAAUGCCUCCAAUGCCUCCAUUAGUAUCUGCCUUUGACAGUUCCAUUACCUGCAUUGUCUGGAAUAGCCCAAAUACACACUGAAGUACAUAGUGUGAAACUUUCAAUAUGCCAUCUCUGAGCCCACAAAUGGUGUAUGUUUUCUUUAUAACAAAACCAGUAGUUACCACAAAUCUUUAAGGUUAUCUCAAAAUUAAAAGACUAAUGUAAGUGUCCCUCAAUCCAAUUACACAAACUAGCUGCAGAAUGAAAGAGAUUUCAUUAAAAAAAAUUAACAACUAGGAUUGCAUGAGCAAAGUGCUUGUUUGCUAUGACAAUGAUAGCUUGCCAACGUUAAUAAAUACCACUAGCUAUGGCUAACAUAUAGUAAAUAUGAGCCAGCUUCGGUUUGACCAUUUCCUAUAAGUGCCAGCUCAAAUGCACAACAUAGCACGUUUUAGCUAAAGAUGCAUUCCAAAUUACAUUAUUAUUUGCAUUACAAAUAAUAAACUAUUCUUUAAAUCUCCCAUUUGAUUUGUAAUAUUAUACUAGCUUGAUGCUUGCAAUGCUGGUUAUAUAUGCAUAAUCUCAGUUGGCCAUGAAAUUCCAAAGCUGCAGUACAAUGACCAGUUUGUUAACCAUAAGGAAACCUCAAUGUUGAACACAUUAAACCUUAUUUGGGCAGCAAAACACAGUAAUUAUGGAAUAUUUGUCUCCUUGGAUGUGAAAAUGAUAAACAAACGCAAUUUCCCACAUCAAAUAAGAUUCAAUUUCACAAUUAAAAUUUCAAAAAAUAUAUUAUAGAACUGUCUGUCCCUUACAUUGGGAUAGCUUGGAUUAUCUUUACCUUAGUACCUGGCUGGUACCUAUGUAAUCAGCCUGAAAAGUCAUUUCCCAAAUCCUUAGUAAUGAUUUAUUAAUCAGAUUUAGUAGUGAUCUGUUGUUGUUCUAUUAAAAUAAAACUUGUAUUAAAAUGUAUUUAAUAAAAUAACUAAAUACAUAAAUUAAACAAGCAAAGUAACAAACUAGCCCGGUUGUCCAAAGCAAAAGGUAAUAUUUUGAAAGGGCAAGGUGAUGUAUGUUUUCCGCCUAUCAACAAGCUUUGUCUGUGUGAAACGUUUCCAGUUGCAAAUGUAAAUAUUAUGUAAAUGUUAUUUAAAUUGAAAUGUCAUCUCGAUAACUGUUGUUAGUGUGAAUAGGUCAUUAGUCAUGCAGUGGAAAUGGUAACAGGAAAAGUGUGAUGCAACCGUAAAGGAUGGAACUCAACUCAACCUACUGAAUACUGAAACUGGAAAGGUGUUGGUGGCCAAGGGGGGUUCAGCAGUCGAAGCUGCUGCCUCCAUUGCACAUGUACUCUGGCAGCAUGAAUUUGCAUCUUUCCCACUGCUUUUUCAGCUAAAAACUCUCCACUCUCUUUUACAACUAUCAAUCAACUAAAACAUAAUAUUCCCAAAAAUAUAAUACAAUGUCUUUGUCAUCCAUCGAUUGUUUUACAACUAGAAAUGACAGAUUUCUGUGUACCAAUUCUAACAGCAUUUAACUCUAACCUUUAACUGUAACAUUUGGUAUAUAUCAUUUAAUUGUCUGGUUUAAACUUGAGUAUAAAUAGAAAAAUAUUCAAAGAAAUAGGCUGUAACAACGACACCAUCCAUUACCCCACAAUUAGUGAUCCAUUAACCUCUUCACCCGAUGUUCCAACAUCCAACAUAUUAUCAACAUACUGUGCCAGGAUAAGCUGUAUUUUCCAAUGAAAACUUGGUGCUGUGGUCAGCUGAUUGUGUUGUAUCAAAGUUCUUCUGAAGCAGUUUAUUUUCUGAAUGUGUGGACACUUCAUGGCCAUGGAAGGUGGUACUUGUUACAAAUGUAUUGCCCUCUAAUGCCCCCUGGCACACUUUUGUCAAGCUAUAGUCUGUGAAUACUUUUUUUGUUAAAUUGAAUAAAUCGCUCUCUUGAGCUGUCAACAUCCAA